UUCUAAGUUGACUGUAAAUAGACAACGUUACAUAAUAAGUGAUUACAGAUAAAUACUGAGCUGUUAACUUUUGCAAAUAAUAUUUCAAGGCUUCUCGCUAAUUUAAAAAUUAUGGCCCAUUUUUGUGUUAAAAUUUGUCAAGGUCACGCACAAGAUGAGUAAUGUAAAUAUGACGUCACGUUCAUUCCAAAAUGGCUGAAUCUUAGUAUUCAAGAGUGGAGGAUGGCAUUUUUUAUACUUUUUUAAUAAGAAUUUGAAUUGCAUUAUUAGCGAAAAAAGAAAAUAGAAAUAUAUAACAGUGAAAUGCAAUAGAUACAAAACCAAGAAGAAAGCAUAUUAAGUAAAUAUAGAACAAUGCCUGUCCUCAGCCCCCAUCGUAGUUCAUCAUCUGGCUUGAGCGGAUCAUACAGAUCCACAUUUAGUUCAUCAGCAUUAGAAAGACCAUUCUAUGGAUCAUCAUCAUAUACUCCAAGAUUCACUAGUUAUAGUGAAAGAUACACUACAAGAACUUAUACAGAUUCAGAUGGCCGCAGAAUAUAUUCAAGAUCUGGUUCUAUAAAUGAAGACGGGGUUACAACAAGAUUCAGAGAAGAAUCCCGAGAACCGAGCAUUAAGCGCGACUCGAUUUCCAGGGAUUCUGGAAUAAGUUCUAUAAGAGAAAACUCCAUUUCUGAUUAUUCUCGAAGGGAUAGUUCGUUGACAAGAGGUGAUAGGUUAUCAACGGCCAACGUAAUUGAUUCUGUUGCGGAAUUGAGAAACAAAUAUUCACCAGCCAAUUACGUGCCUGCUUGCAUGAGAAAGAAUGAAAAUAUCGCCAGAUCUAAGUCUAAUAAUGAUAUUGGUUUACCUCCACUAGAAUUGAAGGCGUCAAAGAAAAAGGUAAACGACCGAUUGGAAGGUAUUUAUACUAACAGUGUGGCAUACUCUAACAAUACUAAUACAGACAAUUUGACUGAUGAAGAUGAUAACGGCAACCGCGCUUCAGUUGCCGAUUUGUGUAAAAAGUUUGACGAUAAACUCUCCAGAACAGUGAAAAAUGGAACUAACCUCGCCAAUAAGACACCAGAGGUUAAAUCCAAAAUAUCUGAAUUGACCAAUGGGGUGAAACCAUUAAGCACCAAAGCAAAAUCAAUCAGUGUAAAAAAAUCUAGUAACAAUGUUUCGACGACCAAAAAAAAUGACAUUUCCUCCAAUAACAAGUGUCAAAAUAACCCCGAUGUUUUGCAGUCAAAUUCAAAAUUGGAAGUAAAUGAAGAAGCUGAACUAAAAAAUGGGUCAGAAGUCGAUAGGAACGGAGUAACUGAAGAAACAAGAAGCGGCCAUUCCCUCUCUAAAAAUAAUUCGAGAGUUAAUAACUUUUCUUCGUACAUCUCAAUUUCGACUAAAGAUUUUCAGAGAGGCGAUGAUACUCAACAAGAACAAAAAGACAUUUCUAAAAAUGAUAUGGAUAACAAGGAAUAUAUUAGCAAAGUGAUCCAAACCAACGAUCUAUCGACAUCUCCCAAACUUACCAAAACUGCAAUAUCUCCAUCCAAUUCAAUAGCAAAUAAUAGUAUCAACUCAAAUUCCUUAUCCCUUCGAUCAAGUGAGAGAGACAGUAAUAGAAUCCGAGAUUAUUCGGAUGAUGAUAGUAGUGGCGAAAGAGCUCUUAACAAUUACUCCACGAUCAGGUCCUUUGAGGGUGUUCCCCAAAAAUCUUUGGGUCUCAAUGGCCUCAAAAAUAUUGGUAACACAUGUUUCAUGAAUAGUGUUAUCCAAUGCCUAUCCAACACUAGGUGGCUGUUAGAAUAUUUAAAGAAAGAUGCAUAUAUAAGAGAUAUUAACACAAGCAUAUCCAGUAUGAAAGGAGCACUAAUUAAAGCAUUUGCUGAAGUUAUUAAAGAGCUUUGGUCUGAAGACGGUUCCGACAGAGUGGUUAAUACUGCAUCAUUGAAAAGUCAGAUUCAGCGAUUCGCUCCAAGAUUCAUGGGAUACGCUCAACAAGAUGCACAAGAGUUCCUUCGUUACCUAUUAGAAGGACUUCAUGAAGACGUCAAUAGGGUACAAGAAAAACCAAAACCCAUAUUAACAGAAAUUGAUGAAAAACUUAGUGACAGUGAGAAAGCGCAAGAAUCUUGGUUAAGAUAUCUACGAAUGGACAACUCCAAAAUUGUGGAUAACUUCGUCGGUCAAUUAAAAUCAACACUCAAGUGUACACAUUGCGGCCACUGUUCAGUUACCUUCGAUCCUUUUUGGGAUUUGUCCCUUCCUAUACCUCAAAGAACAGGUCAAUUACGUCUUUCACAAUGUUUGGAUUCAUUUACAAGAGAAGAAACACUCGAUGGUGAUGAAAAACCGACAUGUUCGAAAUGUAAAGAGCGAAGACGAUGCACUAAAUCAUUCUCCAUUCAUAAAUUUCCGAAAAUCUUGGUUAUUCACUUGAAGCGUUUUUCACCAACAGAAAGAUUUAGGGGAAAACUUAAUGUUACCGUAGAUUUUCCAAUAGAAGGGCUUGAUAUGAGCCAUUAUGCUGCCGAUAAUGUGGCGCCCUGUAGAUACAACCUCUACGCUAUAUCAAAUCACAGCGGAACCACUUAUAGUGGUCACUAUACGGCAUAUUGUCGACAUCCCUACACGGGACAGUGGCACGAAUAUAACGAUUCAAGGGUGUCAUCGAUAUCGUCGAAAUCCUUAGUCAGUGGGGAAGCGUAUGUUCUCUUCUACGAACAAGAGGGCACGAAGUCCCACCUUUAAGUCAAUAACUUUUUUUAGUUUUUAAAUUGAAUAUUUUCAUUUUGAACCAAUGCUUUAUUUGGUUUUUUUGCAAAAUUUAUUUAUAUACACAUGAAUAGAUUUAUUUAUAUUUAUCUCCUGUAAAUUUAUGUAUUUAAUUUUGUUUUAUAUAAAUCUAAUAUCUUGUCCACAAAUGGUGAUUUAUCUGAGACUCUUUACAAGUCUCUACACAAAGCCCAAUAUGUACCUCGACAUUAACGCUAAUCAUAAAACAAAUAAUUUGAUGGUAAAACGUUCUCUAAUUUUUCUAAAUAUCUUCAUUCGUUUUGAUGUCAAAAGAUUCCAUUUCCAACACACCCUAUUUCAUUCCCACAAUUUCUGUUUUUAUGCUUA